AUAAACAUCCCAUUUUCAUCUGCAAACGACAACGCUCGUAACAAAACAUGUUUUCAUGCAAACUAUUGAUCUCGUACAAAUGAAUUAUCACAGUACGAUCUAUCAUGUUUAUGGACAAUAAAGAUUGCAAUCGUGUUUAGUAUAAAAACUUGCUCACGACAUGAAACAGCGACUGCAGAUUUUUACUAACGAGUUUUUUCAUUAUAAUGACCAAGAUAUUUCUUGUUUUUUUGUCUCGAUUAUGUUUUAACAGAAAAAUGUGUCGUAUACAAAGCGAUGUUUCUUGAUAAAAUUAACGACUGCGACGGCUUCGAAAAUAAAAUAUUGAAUGCGGAAGGUCUCAACUUUGCUACUGAGGAAGGCGACGAAGACGGAGAAGGUUCCAUGACUAUGCAAGGGCAGAUAAAACUUAGUUCUGCUAUUGAAAAAGGCGAUGCGAUACAAAUAGAAGUGUGGAAAGAAACCGAAAUCGGACAAAAAGAAUUCGUGAGCAGUGCAAGAUGGGACAUUUGUAAGAAUUUGCAGAAUGCUGAGGCGCCUUGGUACCCUUUGCUGGAAUGUCUAAGGAUCAGCAAAUGCCCCGUGCCCGCGGACGACUACAACAUCCAAGAUCUGUCGAUUUCUCUUGCGGGUGUCAAAGAUGUUCUCCGUCACGAAUUCUGUGGCAGCUACACCACGGAACUGAAAAUAGUGAACUCUAUGAAUUCUAUUAUCAGCGAUAAGUCGUGUCAUGUAAUUGGUCUGGCUAUUGUUGAAAAAGAAGAAGAAUGUUAAAAGAAAAACCUAAAA